AUGCGAAGUAACAAAAACAAACUAGAUGAUUUAAUUAAUGUUCAAUUAAGAUUGAUUAUGAGUUUGCCGAAACCUUCGAAAGACAAAGAACCUCCAGCAGCAAGUUCUUCAAGUCAAGUCACAUUUGCUGGCAUUAAAUCUGUGAGCAAAAAAGAAUUGCGUGGUGGUCGCAUCCGAGCCGAAGUGGAUAUUAAUCGAGAAAUACAAAAUUGUCGUGAUGAACAAAGUGAACGAUUUGAUUUAAGUAAAAGUAGUGUUACAAUUCUACCUAAUACAAUCAAAGAUUUGAUUCAUGUUCGAGAACUAUAUUUAUAUAGUAAUCGUAUACAACAAUUACCACCUGAAAUUGGUAAUUUAGUUAAUUUAAAAGUCUUAGCAUUAAGUGAAAAUUCAUUAACAACAUUACCUGAUACAAUGGAUCGUCUUGUACAAUUAAAAGUACUUGAUUUACGACAUAAUAAAUUUAAUGAUAUUCCUGAUGUUAUUUACCGUAUAACAAGUUUAACAACACUUUAUUUACGUUUUAAUAGAAUUAAAGAAGUAUCAGAUAUGAUAAAAAAUUUAGUUAAUUUACAAAUGUUAAGUUUAAGAGAAAAUCGUAUACGUUCAUUACCUAUUACUGUUGGAAAUCUUGUACAACUUUUAACACUUGAUGUUGCACAUAAUCAUCUUGAACAUUUACCAAAUGAAAUAGGAAAUUGUGCUCAGUUAACAACAUUAGAUUUAACUCAUAAUGAAUUGAUUGAUUUACCUGAAUUAAUAGGCAAUCUUAAAAAUCUUAGUCGACUAUUGAUCAGAUAUAAUCGUCUUUCGGCCAUUCCAUCUUCAUUAGCAAAUUGUUUAAAACUUGAUGAAUUUAAUAUUGAAGGAAAUAAUGUUUCACAAUUACCGGAAGGACUUUUAUCAAGUUUAAUUCAUUUAAAUACAAUAUCAUUAGCAAGAAAUAAUUUUAAUUCAUUUCCGUUAGGUGGUCCAACACAAUUUACAUCUGCACAUUCAAUUAAUAUGGAAUGUAAUACAAUUGAUAAAAUUCCAUUUUCAAUAUUUUCUUUAGCAAAAUAUCUAUCAAAAUUAAAUAUGAGAGAAAACUCAUUAACGUCAUUACCGUUAGACAUUGGUUCUUGGACAGCAUUAGUUGAACUUAAUCUAGCAACAAAUCAAUUAACUGUUAUUCCAGAAGAUAUAAAAAAUUUACAAAAUUUAGAAGUACUUAUUAUGUCGAAUAAUCAAUUAAAAAGAAUUCCUCCAUCAUUGGGUCAAUUAAGAAAAUUACGACAUUUAGAUCUCGAAGAAAAUAAACUUGAUUCAUUACCUCAGGAAAUGGGAUAUUUACGAGAAUUAACAAGAUUAAUUAUUGCAUCAAAUCAAUUAACACAAUUACCACGUUCAAUUGGAUCUUUAACAAAUCUUACACAUUUGAAUGUUGGUGAAAAUAAUUUAACAACAUUACCUGAAGAUAUAGGUCAAUUAGAAAAACUUGAACAACUUUAUGUAAAUGAUAAUCCAAAUUUGGAUGUAUUACCAUAUGAAUUAGCAUUAUGUACAAAUUUACAAAUAAUGAGCAUUGAAAAUUGUCCAUUGAGAAGUUUACCACAAGAAAUUGUGGCCGGUGGACCAUCACUCGUGAUACAAUUUCUCAAAGUACAAGGACCAUUCAAUUUAAGUUAA